AUGCCAGUGGAAAAGAAGGGUUUCAUUGGAAGAAAGAGAGAAGGCGAUGUUAACAAUCUGGAAGGUGGGUAUAAGGGCAAGAGAGUAGAUUUCCAUAAUCCUCAAGUACCUACCUCUCAAUUCUCACGCAUAAACUUUAACCAAACUUUUUCCCCUAAUCGAACAAAUAACCAAUCGAACUACCAAAAUCACUACCAAAGACCCCAUACAAAAUACACUUCGGAACAACUGCCACCCUUACCCAUGCCUUUGAAGGACAUGUACACCAAACUGUUGAGCAUCGGACAAAUAGCUCUUAUCCCUACACUACCACUACAACCACCAUUCCCAAUUUGGUACAAGCCCGAGUUGGCUUGCGAGUACCAUGGGGGUAAUCCCGGGCAUGGGAUUGAAACCUGUUACGCCUUCAAGAAGAGGUUGUUGGAGCUUAUUAAGAUGGGAUGGGUAUCCUUUGAGGACAAGCCCAAUGUUAAUUCAAACCCAUUGCCUAAGCAUGCCCCAAAUAGUAGUGGAAUAGGCAUGAUCGAAGUGGGAAAUCAAUGCAAGGUGUUGAAGGUGCCCAUGAAGAGGUUGUACGACAUGUUGGUACAAUCAGGAUUUCUAAAGACAAAGGUGGAGAGCCAUUUGGAGGGAUAUGAUUACUAUGAAUACCAUGGAAGAGAUGGACAUCAUAUUGAGGAUUGCAUCGAGUUUUGUGAAAAGAUUGCAAAAAUGCUAAAAAUGGGGGAGUUGAGGAUUGAACCCAUAAAGAGCAGCGGUGAGGUGAGUAUGAUGGAAGGUCAAGAUGAAAUGACAGGAGUAUGCAGGGUCCAGCAAACAGCUUAUGGGCCCCCAAGGCUAAUCUUGGUUAAACCGCCCUACACAAUAGGGAAUCACAAUGCCAUGCCUUAUAAUUAUGGUUAUGCCUCUAACGUUCAAGCUCCUCUUCCUUUGUUCCAGCCUGAGAUAAGUGGUUUGACCAGGAGUGGUCGUUGCUUUACGCCCGAGGAGUUGAGGAAGUCAAAGGGCAAAGAAGUGGUAGAUCUAGACAAAGCACUAGAAGUUAAUAAGCCAGUAACGGAAGAGGAAUCGAAUGAAUUCUUGAAGUUGAUCAAGCAUAGCGAAUAUUGCAUAAAGGUAUUGAAUGAGGCAUAUGUACCCCAAGACAUCGAACAUAAAACCAUGGAGCACCUAGUGGGGAGAAUCCAUGCAACGAAUUACCUGUACUUCACAGCUGACGAGCUCGAUGCUGAAGGUACCGGACAUAACAAGCCUUUAUACAUUACGGUUAGGUGCAAGGAUUGCCUCGUAGGAAAAGUACUCAUUGAUAAUGGCUCGGCCCUUAACGUGUUGCCAAAACACAUGCUAGAAGAAAUGCCGAUCGAUGAAUCCCAUAUUAAGCCAAGUACUAUGAUGGCCAGAGCGUAUGACGGGUCGCCUAGGCCAAUAAUUGGGACUUUAGAAGUGGAGCUAUAUGUGGGACCAUAA